UCUUAUAGAAUUAGAAACGAGUACGGUAAACAAUGCAGUUAAAAAAUGUUUUAGGAUCUCUAAUUACAUUAACUUGAGGUUACUCUUUUUGCGGCUCUUAUGUGUUUUUUAUAAGCAAAUGCAUAAGUGAAAGUGAUUCUAAUCAAAGCCGGGAGGCUUUUCUGGAACUCUGUUCAAAUCAUAAAUAGGGAAACUCAACCAUAUCAGAAUGUUUUCGAUAUGCAAAACAACCCAUCCUGCCACUGGGAUAGAACACGCCAUUACUUGCAACUUCUUCAACAGAUCGGAGAAGUCAUUGGUGGUUGCUGGAGCAAAUAUAAUUCGUGUCUUACGUUUGAUACCAGAUGUAGAGACAAAUAAGAAAAAGCCUAAAAAUAUGAACGUUCCUCCUAAAAUGAAGAUGGAAUGUUUGGCUACGUACACCAUGUUUGGAAACAUAAUGUCCAUGCAGUCUGUCAGUUUAGCAGGUUCAACCAGAGAUGCACUGUUGUUAAGUUUUAGAGAUGCAAAAUUAAGCGUCGUUGAGUACGAUCUGGAUACUCAUGACCUGAAAACACUUUCACUACAUUAUUUCGAAGAAGAAGAAAUACGAGGAGGAUGGACGCAACACACUCACAUCCCUAUAAUACGAGUAGACCCUGAAGGACGAUGUGCCGUAAUGCUUGUCUACGGACGACAGUUAGUAGUUCUUCCGUUCCGCAGAGAGACCAUAGGACUUGACGAAGGUGAUAUGUUGUCUGAAGAUACUACAACUACCGGCCCACAGAACAAAGCUCCCGUUCUGGCAUCCUACAUGAUAGUGUUGAAAGAUGUUGACGCCAAGCUAGACAAUAUUAUUGACAUUCAGUUUCUCUACGGCUAUUAUGAACCUACUCUGCUGAUUCUCUAUGAGCCUGUGAAAACGUUUCCAGGACGGAUAGCCGUGAGACGAGACACAUGUGCCAUGGUAGCCAUCUCUCUCAACAUUCAACAGCGGGUUCAUCCCGUGAUCUGGUCUGUGGGCAACCUGCCGAUGGACUGUACACAAGCUCUAGCAGUACGCAAGCCUCUCGGUGGAACUGUCAUAUUUUGCAUCAACUCACUCAUCUACUUGAACCAGAGCGUUCCUCCGUACGGCAUCUCUCUUAACUCUCUUACUGAGGUCUCCACAGCGUUCCCCUUGAAGAUUCAGGAGAAUGUAAAAAUGAGCUUAGAAGGAGCUCAGGCCAGCUUCAUUUCAAAUGACAGAAUCGUGAUCUCGCUCAAGAAUGGAGAACUGUACGUUCUGACCCUCCACGCAGACAGCAUGCGCAGUGUCAGGAGCUUUCAUUUUGAAAAGGCUGCUGCUAGUGUAUUGACUACUUGUACUUCCGUCUAUGCGGACAACUACUUGUUUUUGGGCUCAAGAUUAGGAAACUCGUUGUUGCUCAAGUUUACAGAGAAAAGAUCGACUGAAGGUUUCAAACCUCCUACCAUUGACCUGACUCAGCAGCCAACUAAAAAGAGAAGAAUGGAUACCCUAGGUGAUUGGAUGGCCUCCGACGUAGCAGACAUUCGAGAUCUUGAUGAGCUAGAAGUGUACGGCAGUGAAACUCAGACCUCUAUACAAUUGACCUCAUACUCGUUUGAGGUUUGUGACAGUCUGUUGAACAUCGGUCCUUGUGGUAAUGUGUCGAUGGGGGAGCCAGCCUUCCUGUCCGAGGAGUUCUCUAACAACACAGAUCCUGAUGUGGAGCUUGUAACUACUUCCGGUUACGGCAAGAAUGGUGCUCUGUGUGUGCUGCAGCGUUCUGUGAGACCACAGGUUGUUACCACGUUUGAGCUGACUGGUAUCACAGACAUGUGGAUCGUGGCAGGGAGGGAUACAAUACAGGAUGAGUCCCAAGAUCCUAUCCAUGCCUUCCUUAUUCUGAGCCAAGCUGAAUCAUCCAUGAUUCUCCAAACUGGUCAAGAAAUCAAUGAAAUGGACAGUUCAGGUUUCAACACCCAGGGCCCAACAAUUUAUGCUGGAAAUCUCGGCUCUAACAAGUAUAUCAUCCAGGUCUCUCAGAUGGGCGUUAGACUACUCCAAGGGUCGGAGCAGAUACAACACAUGCCGCUAGACCUGGGAUCUCCGUUGGUUCACGCUACCUCCGUAGAUCCUUAUGUGUUCCUGCUAACGGAGGACGGACAGGUGGUGGGUCUGACGCUGCGAGAGACUAAGUCCUCCGCUCGACUCAUCGCUAAGCAGGACAUCAUCAACUCGAAACCGCACAUAACAGCGAUGCACGCUUACCGUGAUGUGUCAGGGAUGUUUUCCUCCUUGCUCCCCGAAACUGAUUUACACCUGGACCCUGAACAGCAGUCAGCGCGAGGAAAUGUGAAAAGAGAGGUUGAUGAUGAGGACGAGUUGUUGUAUGGAGAGCCAGGAGCCGCAGAGAGGGCUGGCCCUGCCAAGAUGGCUGGCAAAGCUGCACCUUGGUGGAGCAAGUACUACAUGGAGGUGAAGGCCACCUAUUGGCUGAUAGUGACUAGAGAGAAUGGCCAUCUAGAGAUGUAUUCUGUACCUGAUCUGCUGCUCAGCUACCUGGUGGCAGGGAUAGGUACUGGGCUGAGAGUGUUGUGUGACAGUCUGGGUGCCAUCCCUACUGUGGCGCAGAGCUCUGGUGCCUCUCAUGACCAUGGUGAGCACCAAGUCCGUGAGUUGCUAGUGGCGCCCCUGGGCAACAUGAGUUCUCGUCCUCUACUGAUCUUACGACUAGACGACCAAGUUCUGCUGUAUGAGGCGUACCGUUAUCCCAAGGGCCAUCUCAAGAUGAGGUUCAAAAGAAUACAGCAGAGCAUUCUACUUCGACUCAACGAAGAGCAGAAAAAACAAAGGGGUAGACCUGGCUCGGGCCCUCGAGUAAAUCAAUUGAGAUACUUCGGCAACAUUGCUGGUUACAACGGGGUGUUUGUGUGUGGAAAUCACCCUCACUGGAUAUUCCUCACAUACAGGGGUGAGUUGCGGAUCCACCCCAUGACUAUCGAUGGCGGAGUCACUUGCUUUGCUCCCUUCAACAACGUCAACUGUCCUCAGGGCUUUCUGUAUUUCAAUCAGAAGGGUGAAUUGCGUAUCUGCGUGUUGCCGACUCACUUGUCCUACGACGCGUCCUGGCCUGUCCGGAAGGUGCCGCUACGUUGCACACCUCAUUUCAUCACUUACCAUCUGGAGAGUAAAACCUACUGUUUGGUCACCAGUACAGCUGAAACCACCAACCAGUAUUAUAAGUUUAACGGAGAAGAUAAAGAACUGUCAAUAGAAGAAAGAGACGACAGGUUUCCACUGCCUGUUCAAGAAAGAUUUAGUGUAUUGCUGUUUUCCCCCGUUUCUUGGGAAAUUAUUCCCAACACCAAGAUGGAGCUGGAGGACUGGGAACAUGUGACUUGUCUGAAGAAUGUGAGUCUAGCGUAUGAAGGAACUCGCAGUGGACUCAAGGGCUACAUAGCUCUCGGGACUAACUACAACUACAGCGAGGACAUCACCAGCAGGGGGAGGAUCCUGAUAUUUGACAUCAUUGAGGUUGUGCCGGAGCCGGGUCAGCCUCUCACGAAGAACCGGUUCAAGAUGUUGUACGCCAAG